AUGCGCCCGAGCGGCGGCGUCUGCCGAAAACUCCUGUUGUCCGGUUAUUGUCUGACGCUGUUGCUUUUGCUGCAGAUCGCGCCAGUACGAAGUAGUGUAAGAUUUAUAACUGAACCUAGUGAUAUUGUAACAAUUGCCGGUAAAACCAUACGAUUGGAUUGUGAAGCAAAUUUUGAUAGUGUUGCUACAUUGCCUCAAAUUAGAUGGAGAAUCCCUGAUGGAGAAUACUUUGAUUUUAUCGGAGACACAAGAAGAUCUAUUUUGAAAAAUGGGUCUCUGCUUAUUAAAAAUGUUUUCAAUAAUGACGAAAAAGAUAUUUCUGAAGGUUUAGAAGCAUAUCAAUGUGUAGCAUUUGUUGAUAAUAUUGGUUCUGCUGUCAGCCGUAUAGCAACUGUAACUCUUGCACGUCUAUCUCCAUUUGAAAAACAACCGACGGAUCUAAGACUUCUUCCUGGACAAACUGCACAUUUCUCUUGUGUUAUUAAUUCUCAACCAAUACCAAAAAUAACUUGGUUUAAAGACCAUUCACCAUUAGUUAUAGAUGCUGCUCGUAUGACAAUAUUCCCAUCAGGAGCAUUAGAAAUUGAUGAUAUCCGUAAAGAAGACAAUGGUGCUUAUAGAUGUAAUGUUACUGGAUUGGAUAGGCAUAGAUUAAGUGACCCUGGAGUGUUGACAAUUGUUGAAAAUGAAGAUGCAAUUAAAAGAUUUAAAGCUCCAGAAUUUGUUGCUAAACCUCAUUCAACAAUAGCUUUGGAAGGAUCAAUGGUAACUCUCGAUUGUGCAGCUGUCGGAAGUCCACGACCAGUAAUUUCUUGGUUAAAAGGUGGUACUCUAAUUGAUGUAGCAUAUCUGGAUAGCCGGUUUAGUUUAAUUGGUACUGGUGGCUUACAAAUAACACAAGUAAAUAAAAAUGAUGAUGGGAAUUAUAUUUGUCGAGCAGAAAAUAGUGAAGAUUCUGCUGAUGCUUCUGCUACAUUAGAAGUCCAUGUUAAACCACUAUUUAUUCGCAAACCUAAAGAUACAAUGGUUCUUGAAAAAGAAGACAUUACGUUGGAGUGCGAAGUAGCCGGUAAACCUCCACCUCGAGUCAUUUGGCUAAAAAAUGGUGAUAGAAUUAAACAAGAUGAAUACCUACAGUUUGUUAGUGGGACUAAUUUAAAAAUAUCUGGCUUGAUGACCAUGGAUUCUGGCAUGUUCCAGUGUUUGGCAUCAAACCCUGCUGGGAAUAUUCAGUCAUCAGCGUUUUUAAAUGUUUUUCAUGCAGAAAAUGUACCUAGUACAAACAGUUCUACAAAUAUUAGUAAUGAUUUCGUCAACUCGUUCUCUGCAGCUGAAAAACCCAAGGAUUUAAAAAACAAUCUACCAUCACCCCCAAGAGCACUAGAAGCAAGUCUUGUAUCAUCUAGGUUAGCCACUUUAACUUGGAUUAUUCCACUUAAACCUAAUGGAGAGAUAUUAACUUAUACAAUAUUUUAUCAACAAGAAGGAUCAGACAGAGAACGUAUGACAAACACAACACAAACUGAUAUAACUAUUAACGAAUUAAUACCCGAUAAGCAUUAUCUCUUUAGAGUUAUAGCACAAAACAAAUAUGGUAUAGGCGAAAGUUCACCGAGGUUAAAAGUAAUGACCAAGGCAGAAAUUAAUUUACCUGGACAACCCUUCAAUGUAACUGCUAAAGCAGUUACACCUACAUCAAUAAUAGUCUCUUGGUCUAGACCAGAACACGGCAGUGAGAAUUUGAAAGAGUACAAAUUAUUUUAUAUGAAGGAUUCAACUUCCGAUGAACAAUUUAUCAUAACGAAACAUACAGACCAUGAAAUAAGUGACCUUAGUCCAUAUACCAGAUAUAAAAUUUGGGUAGUGGCAUACAAUCAAAAUGGUCCUGGUAUGAACUCUUUAGAAGUGGUUGUUUUAACAAAACCUUCAGCUCCAUCUCAACCGCCACAAAAUAUUGUUGUUGAAGCAAUUUCUUCUACGGAGAUUAAUAUUAGAUGGGAACAUCCACCAAAAUCCACCCAAAAUGGAGUUAUAACCGGUUAUAAAAUUCGAUACAAAAAACCAGAUAGAAAAUCAUCUGGUGACACCAUCACAACGCCUGGAGAUAAUUUAGAAUAUCAAAUUUCUGGAUUAGACAAAAGUUCAACUUAUCAAGUUCGUUUAUGGACUUUAAAUACUGUUGGAAAUAGUCCACCUUCAGAGUGGUUUACAGUUUUAACAUUUGAUAAAAAUCUUAGAGAAGAUACCGUACCGGAUGCACCUACUAAUUUCAAAGUUCGAGCUUUUUCCAAUUCACUAUUGGUAACCUGGUCUCCGCCAAAAGAUAAAAGUAUAAUUGUUAGAGAGUAUACACUAGCAUGGGGUAAAGGUGUUCCUGAUGUGUAUAAGGAAAAAUUAAAUCCAAAAAUACGACAAUAUGAAAUUAAAAAUUUGGAACAAAAUGCUGAAUAUGUACUGAGUCUGGCUGCUGUUAAUGAUAUGGGUUUUGGACCAUUAGCAUACCUAGUAACAACCAUAAAAGAACAAAAUAUUGUAAAUACAUUGGAGGAAUCAUCAAACCCAAUAAUACCACCAAUUGGUUUAAAAACUAACGUUAUAUCUCCAAAUGCCAUAGAAGUAUCAUGGACAGAUAAUUCUCUUUUAGAUGAUUUUGAUUCAAAUGUUGAAGAUGUACGUCUUUAUGUUGUACGAUACAAAUCGUCCUAUUCAACUAACAAAUCACGUUACAAUUAUGUAAACACUACUGAACUUUCUUGCAUUAUUAAUGAACUAAAACCUAAUACUCAGUAUGAGUUUACAGUAAAAUUGAUAAAGGGUCAAUUUGAAAGUGCAUGGAGUUUACUCGUUAUGAAUAAUACUCAAGAAGCAAAACCAGCAUCACCACCAAGAGAUUUAACUGCUGUUAAAAAUGAUGAUAAGCCUCAAUCUAUAACAUUAAAUUGGCAACCACCAAAAUUUUCAAAUGGACAAAUUAUUGCAUAUAUGAUUUUGUAUACAACUGAUGAUACAAGUUCAGACAAUGAGUGGAUCACUGAAACAGUUGAAGGAGAACUUAUGUCUUACUCAAUCAAAGGACUGACACCAAGUACUAAUUAUUUCUUCAAAAUUCAAGCUAAAAAUUCGAUUGGUUAUGGUCCAUUUAGUCCUACUAUUAGUAUCAAAACAUUGCCAGGUGGUAGCCCUUACAAUGAUGGAACAUCAUUAAAAGAUGGAAAAAGUGGUAUAAACAACACAACUAUUUUAUACAUACUGAUCGCAUGUUGUUUGUUACUUAUAUCAUGUAUUGGAAUUGGAAUUGCUUUAUUGUGUUGUAAACAAAAUAAACCAUUAAGAAAUCGAAGUAAAAAAGGGUAUAUAAAAGGAUCGACUGGUUAUAAUGCAAAGGGGGUAGCUCAGUCACCAAGCAUUAAACCCCCAGAUUUGUGGAUACACCACGAUCAAAUGGAACUAAAAUCUAUGGAAAAAUCUUCUCAAGGUUCAUUAGAUACGAGUUCUGGAUGCGGUCAGGGAAGUUCAAAUACGUAUGAUGGACCUGACACCCGUGUUACCAUACAUCAUGUACCACAAGCUACAAAUUCUUUAGAAAAAAGUAACUACGUUUCAUCUUAUGUGGCUAUGGCAACAUUACCUAAUCAAGAAUCCCGUUCACCUCAUCCAAAAUCUCAAUAUGCAACCACUACUAGAGCUCAUGUAACUGUAGAUUUAACAGCCGGAGCUCCUGAAAAUAAUUAUAUCGUUCAAGCCACUACAGUUCCUGAUAAAUUUGAAUCCAUACCAGUAUCAUCAGCUGCAAAUCUACAACAACAGCACACAGCAUUACUAAAUUCUAGUGAAAAAAGACAACAAGGUCAUCCUUUGAAAAGUUUUAGUGUUCCUGCACCUCCGCCUCAGUCAGCGCCAUCUACUCCUCAACAAAAACACAUUGUUACAGUCAGACCUCAGGGUUCAUCCAGUCCAUACAAAAAAAAUAUUUACUCAGCUAUUAAUAAUUCACCAUCCAGUACAUCUGUGUCUAGUGGUCCUAAAACGUGGAAGUCACCAUUAACUGGUUCAAAUCAAAGAGAUACUAUAACUGAAGUAGAAUCUCUUAAUAAAAUACAAACUUCCUAUAGCACAGAAGAACUCAAUCAAGAGAUGGCAAACUUGGAAGGUCUAAUGAAAGAUCUGAGUGCAAUUACUGCAUCCGAAUUCCAGUGUUAG